AUAUUCUCAUCAUGUUCUCCCUGCCAAACCCAGUCAAAUUUAACCAAUAUUUUAUACACACAGAAUCUGCAAAAACUAACAAAUAUUUCAAAUUAACUAACAUUUACGUGGCAAACUGUAUGUUCCGAUAUUAGAAGAGAUUUCAAGUUCAAAAUUAUGACAACUUGGUAUUUAUUUCCACCAAUUCAUGAGCCAGUGAAAAUAUAUUCCAUGUUCAAGUUUCUUGAGCGUGACUUGGAGAAUAUUCUUCAGUAUUCCUCACGUCGUAUCGCGGAAUUCAGAAACUGCAGAGAUUCGACCACCCCACCAAACAAGAUGGAUCACUCAGCUUCUUGGUGAUUGGGGACUGGGGAAGGAGAGGAGAUUUCAACCAGUCUCAAGUUGCCUUUCAGAUGGGAAAGAUUGGAGAUAAACUUAACAUAGAUUUCGUGGUGUCGACGGGAGAUAACUUUUACGACAAUGGGCUCAUCAGCGAGCAUGACACAGCAUUUGAAGAGUCAUUUACCAAAAUCUAUACAGAAGAGAGCCUGCAAAAGCAGUGGUAUAGCGUGUUGGGGAACCAUGAUUACAGGGGAGAUGCAGAGGCUCAACUGAGCCCCCUCCUCCGGAAAAUCGAUAGCAGAUGGCUUUGCUUGAGGUCUUUCAUUGUGAAUACAGAACUAGCGGAGAUUUUCUUCGUGGACACCACGCCUUUGGUGGAUAUGUACUUCACAAACGCAGACGAACAUACUUACGAUUGGCGUGGCAUUGUCCCUCGAAAGGCUUAUAUUGCAAACUUGUUGAAGGAUGUGGAGUUUGCAUUGAAGACAUCCCCUGCAAAGUGGAAGAUUGUUGUUGGACACCAUGCAAUUCGAAGUGUAGGGCAUCAUGGUGACACACAGGAGCUUAUAAACCAGCUUCUCCCAAUCCUUCGGGCCAAUGACGUUGAUUUUUACAUGAACGGGCACAAUCAUUGCCUAGAACACGUUAGCGACUUAGAGAGCCCGAUACAGUUUCUAACAAGCGGAGCAGGGUCUAAAGCAUGGAGGGGAGAUGUUAAGGGGCUGAGCAAAGAAGGGCUCAACUUCUUUUAUGAUGGUCAAGGCUUUAUGUCUGUGAAGUUGAAUCCCACAGAUGCAGAGAUUGCAUUUUAUGAUGUUUUUGGCAAGGUUUUACAUAGACUGAAUGCUUCCAAGCAGCUUCACCCCUCGAUAUAAAUUAUGUUUUUUAGCUAGAUGCAAGAGGGAAUGUACUAGAGCCGAAUAGAUUGUAGUUGCAAGGCUGAAAAUUGUAGUUGGAUUCAAUUCUCAAAUUGUUCUUAUUCUUAAAUAUGUACCUUAUUUAGUACAUUGAUCCUUAUCAAAAUCGUCGGUUUUUUUUAACAA